AUGAUUCUAAAAGACUUGGAAACAGUGGAUAAGCAACUCAAAAAAGAGCCAGAUGAACAGGGUGUUGCUUCGGUGGUCAUUCAACCACCUGCAGAGCCAGUGGAAACAGUUCGAUCACAGAUGUCGCUAAGACAGGAUCCUAGUGCUCAGUUAUCAGAGCAGCAAGCAAUCUCUUCUCGACUUGAACAAGUUCAGUACAUUGCACCUUCCGGAUUGACUCGUCUUCAUACAACAAAUGGCAAUUUGACGUUGAAUUCAGCAGCACUACCCGGCAUGCACAAUGUUGGAGCAACAGGUAUGAUUGGACAGUAUUCACCCGUUGCUACGGUUGCAGCAGCGGCAGCGGCUGCAGCAGCUGCUGCAUCACGAACAAGUACCAGCACACCAAAAAACGCACAGGAAUUAGGCCAAACGGCGGGAUCAUCAUCGGGACCAGUUCCAGGGAUGCUACCAGUAAAUGCCGAAGUUUUGGGUCUCAAAACGAUGAGUGUUAGCGGUGAUAAUCAACAGCAACAAUAUGUUCCGCCAAAUCAAGGAACUGGUCAAGGCACUGGUUCCCAUUGGCAGUCCACUGUGAUGUCUGGUUACACAUCAUCCCCAUCACCACUUAGUAUGGCCGGUGGUAGUCGAACAGCUACCGAAAGUGAUGAUAGCACAAGAAAGAGACAAGUGCGGCUCUUAAAAAAUAGGCGGAAGAAAAAAGAAUAUGUGAAGUGUUUAGAAAAUCGUGUUGCUGUUUUGGAAAAUCAAAACAAAGCACUGAUUGAAGAGCUGAAGACGUUAAAGGAAUUGUAUUGCAGGAAAGAGAAAAGCGAGUUAUAA